UUUCUUUUUUCUUCCCUUGAAAUAAAUUAUUUCCAUCGAUUGUUAUAUUAAUGAAAAUAAAAUAGAAAAAUUUUAUAAAUUUUAGACGUUUUAACGUACUUACGAAUUAUAGUCUUGUCUUUAGAUGUUGGCUGUGGUUAACUCAUUCGUACAAUGAUAACGAUAAUGUGUGUAAUAGUUUAAUGCGCAUGUGCUACGAGAAAGUAGAGGAGGGUGAAUUAAUAGCCGUGACAAUUUUACAAAGUCGCAAGGCAAGACGAAGAUAGUCAGGAACAAUAAUUACGAGUAACACCUGCUGAUGUUCCCGAUCGAUAAAACAUUAUUACACGAUGUUGGUGGUGUCUUAUCGAGAAGUCUCUAACGCUUUAUCAAGUAUAAUUCGAUAAUUACAAUUUUUUAACGUAGUUCGUCGAUAAUACUACGUAUUAUUUCUAAUGUCUCGUGAUUAUUUAAAGUAAAGAAAACAAAAGGGAGGAGAAAAAACAAAAAGAAUAGUAAGGAGAGAAAAAAAAAAAAGAAAAAAAGAAAGAAAGAAAGAAAUAAUAGAUCGAGGUAGAACUCGAGGUAAUAUGUUUCUUUUUUUUCUUUUUUCCCUCGAGUUAACCAAUCAGACACAUUUCGAUCGUCCUAUCGAGAUGGACAUCUUCGAGAAUAGCCAUUACAAAUUAAAUCGUAUCUUUUUAUCAAUGGUAGGAUUGUGGCCGUUUUUGGAUAAAAAGAGAAAGUUUUUUUUAAGGAUAAUAGCCAAGAUAUGCCUUGCCUGUCUUUUGAUCCCACAAAUAUCAAUGAUCGCAUCGAACGUCAAUAUGGAAACCAUAAUAGAUGUGUGCAUAUUUUUUUUGCCGAGUGUUGCCAUAGCAGAGGGUUAUUAUACUAUGUACAUCAACAAUGAGAAAGUAAAAAUGAUUUUGGAACACAUCAAGUAUGACUGGAGUAUAUUUGCUGUUGGAAGAGAAAGAGGAAUUAUGCAGGAGCACGCAGAGGAAAGCAAAAUGUUCACUGUAAUUUUAGCCGCUGUUCACUAUCUCUCGAUGUAUUUUCUGAUAUUUCUUUCAAUGGCUCCUGCACUUUUGGAUUUCGUUGUACCAUUAAACGAAACCAGACCACGCGAAUUACCCAUCCCUGCAGUUUUCUUCUUCGAUCAUGAAAAAUAUUUUUUUUACAUGAUUUUAAUAGCCUUCUUCGUAUCAACGGUGGUCGGUACAAUAUCAAUGGCAUUUUAUCCAUUGAUUUUGAUUUGCAUGAAGCACGUCUGUGGAUUAUUUCAAAUUGCAGGAUAUUUAUUCGAGAAUAUUAUAAACAAGGAGGAUGAUGAAUAUCACGUUUACGAUACCGAACAAUUUUAUGCUAAAGUGAUUCGUGGUGUGAAAUGUCACAAAAGAGCGAUAAAUUUCGUCAAUCUCGUGAAUUCAUAUUACGAAUGGGCUUUAUUCAUUCAAGUUUUAUUAACCUUCAUUAUACUCGCCAUCGAAAUUUUUGCUAUUCUAACUUUGGACAUGGCCGAGCAAAAUUUCGACGAAAUUGUUACCUACGUAUUUUACGUUAUUGCGGUUAUGAUUUUCGUGUUCUUCACCGGUCAUAUCGGUCAAUUGGUGAUCGAUUGCAGUGCUGACGUUUUCAACAAAGCAUAUGCAACGCCAUGGUACACGUUGCCAAUUAAAACACGAAAAUUAUUUUACCUUGUAAUGAUGAGAAGUAUAAAACCGUGUUACAUUUCUGUUGGAAACGUUCAGUUUCUCUCGUACGAACUUCUCAUGUUGGCUUUACAAAAAUCGGCUUCUUACGCAAUGGUCAUAAAAUCCAUGAAAUGAAUGAUAUGAAAGUUAUCUUGAAUAUUUAACAAAAAUACGAUGUUAUGUCGAUAGUUAUGAAUAGAAGAAGAGGAAAUAAAAUGGAAGGAAAAAAAAAGAAAAAAAAAAAAAAUAAUCAAACCAAAACCAAAAGCAAAA